ACGGAACUGCGCGGGGCGCGUGGGGCACGGCCGGGGGGCGCGUGAGGCGUGUCACGGAGAGGGAUCCGCGCGUGACGAGGUGCCGCGGGACGAGGCCGAGGGACAGCCAUCAUGGCGGAGCGGAGCCAGACCGCGUCCGAGGCAGGAAAUGACAAUGGAACAGAUGAAAUCAUCGCAGGGAACGUGAGCAAGUUUGCUGCUGUCCCUGUGGGCUACUACGGGUCUCCCAAGAAGGGCCACCUGAUCUUUGAUGCCUGCUUUGAGAGCGGGAAUCUUGGCCGCGUGGACCAUGUGUCUGAGUUUGAAUAUGACCUGUUCAUCAGGCAUACCUGCAACCCACGCUUCAGAGUCUGGUUCAACUUCACUGUGGAAAAUGUGAAAGAAUCCCAGAGGGUGAUUUUCAACAUCGUUAACUUCAGCAAGACCAAGAGUCUCUACAGAGAUGGGAUGACCCCGAUGGUGAAGUCCACCAGCCGCCCCAAAUGGCAACGGUUGCCCCCGAAAAACGUGUACUAUUACCGCUGCCCAGACCAUCGCAAGAACUACGUGAUGUCCUUUGCAUUCUGCUUCGACCGGGAAGAUGACAUUUAUCAGUUUGCAUAUUGUUACCCGUACACGUACACACGCUUCCAGCACUAUCUCGACAGCCUGCAGAAAAGAAACAUGGACUACUUCUUCCGGGAGCAGCUGGGACUGAGUGUGCAACAGCGGCAGCUCGACCUCCUGACCAUCACCAGCCCCGCGAACCUCCACGACGGAGCGGAGCAGAAGGUGGUUUUCAUUACGGGCCGAAUCCACCCCGGGGAGACCCCCUCCUCCUUUGUGUGCCAGGGGAUCAUUGACUUCCUUGUGAGCCAUCACCCGAUCGCCCGAGUCCUGCGGGACCACCUGGUCUUCAAGAUCGCGCCGAUGCUGAACCCGGACGGCGUCUACUUGGGAAAUUACAGGUGCUCCCUGAUGGGCUUUGACUUGAACCGCCACUGGCUGGACCCUUCCCCAUGGGCCCACCCGACUCUGUACGGGGUGAAACAGCUCAUUAUCCAGAUGCACAACGACCCGAAAACCAGCCUGGAGUUCUACAUUGACAUCCACGCGCACUCCACCAUGAUGAACGGCUUCAUGUACGGCAAUAUCUUUGAAGACGAGGAGCGCUUCCAGAGGCAGGCCAUCUUCCCCAAGCUCCUGUGCCAGAACGCAGAAGACUUCUCCUUCUCCAGCACCUCCUUCAACCGGGAUGCAGUGAAGGCGGGGACCGGCCGGCGCUUCCUGGGGGGCCUGCUGGACCACACCUCCUACUGCUACACCCUCGAGGUCUCUUUCUUCAGCUACAUCAUCGGGGGCACGGCCGCCACCGUGCCCUACACCGAGGAGGCCUACAUGAAGCUGGGGCGGAACGUGGCUCGGACCUUCAUGGACUACUAUCGCCUGAACCCCAUCGUGGAGAAAGUGUCCUACCCCGUGCCCAGGGUCAGGAAGGAAAAAUCACCUCCCUUCAAGUACUCACAUGUUCGGGCCCAGACCAGUUCCCACUCAGCCCUCAAAGGAGAUAAAAAGAGCUCUUUCAAUCACAAGGACCACUCACAAUCUUCAUAAAGCCCCGAGGAUGCUGGCAGGGGCCGGGAGAGGGCCCCCCUUGGAGCCAGCAGAGGCAAGAAUGCCUCAAAGGAGCGUCCGGAGGGAGAAGCUCCCCUUCAUUUCCCGCUUGAGGAGUUCUGAAAUGAUAAGUAGCCUGGAAAAAAGGGGGAGAAAUGGGAGGGGGAAGGACACAACAAUUCCUCUAUUGAUCCCAAUAUUGGCCAACCAAAAAGAGAGCUGCAUCCGGGCCCGAGGAAGGGCUGUGUGCACGUAUACUCUCACACGUGUAUGUGUGUGCUUAUAGACAUAUACACAUGUACUUAUAUGAACACACACACACACGUAUAUAUGCCAUAUAAGCAUACACUGAAAAAUAACGGGAUUACGGCCUCACUCAGACUUUAUACAAGCCAGAGUGCGGCCGGCCUUGGGACGGAUAUGGCGGCGGUUGACUUCUGACGUUCCCUUUCACUGAUGAUAAAUUGAAUGCAGCCCCUGAGCCCACUUGCUGCUAAGCCAGUAGAAUGCAGAUGAUAUUUUCUGUAGCCUCCCAGAGCUGCCCACAGAGACCCCACCCGAGGCUCCGGCCCUCCCUCCCCCUGAUUUCAGCUCUGUAGCCACGAAACGAUGGGUGGGCCCAGAGGUUCUGGUUCCCCCGCUCCUGUCUCAUCCCUACAGGUGAGAGCGGCCGACGCCCUUCUCAGAGCCCGCCGGCUGCCGCCCCUGCCUCCCCUCCCAGCUCCCCGGCCCAGCUAGUCUAGCGUGGCAAGAGAGGCUGGGCUGGGGCGUUCCCCUCCCCCAUCGGACACCCCCUUCCUUCCAGAGCUCCCCAAGUUGCCUAUGUUGCUAUGAAUUGUUAGUUUCUUCAGCAGAGAGAGCCGCUCCCGCGGCUGUUUCCUUCUGUGGGGGGAACCUUAGCAUGAAGCUCCCCCCCCAGCAGAUGCUUCCCUGGAAGCUGCCCCUGUGCCCCCCGGAAGCUGCCCCCGAGCCCCCUGGAAGCUGCCCCCGAACCCCUGGAAGCUCAUUUGGGAAGCCGGCUGCAGCCCCCGAGAUUGGGACGCUUCCCACAGGUCUCUCCCUCCGCUCCUCCAUCCCUGGAUAUCCUGAGAGCAGUGCCCAGCCUUACCCAGACGGGGCCUGGCAGCGGCGCCCACGCCCAUAACCCAUCGGUCACGUUUUGUGGCAGAUUCGGGCUCGGGGGAAGGGAUGGUUACCAGGAAAAGCUGGAGAAGAGGAGAAGGGCCAUCCUUCCCCCAGCUCCCUCCCGGGCCAUGUUUGAAGGAGAGCCAUGAAUGACAAUUUUAAAAAAUAAUCCGGAGCCCCCUCUCCAUCCUCCUUCCCAAGGUGGCAGGGGUUAAGUGGCGGCUGUUUUUUCUGCAAGGGAAAGUGCCUUAGUAUGAUGAAUGUGGCCUGAGCGGCUGCUGGCGGCUCCCUGUCUGGGUAAGCAGCGCGAUGAGUAAUUGUGACAGCCGAUAAUUAAAAUGACCUCACCGAGACACGGAUUAGGAGAAGUGCCAGGAGCGGGCGGGGGACGGGGACGGGCCUUUGAAUUCAUGCUGCAUCCGCGGACAGCUCCUGUUGGGCCCGCGCCCCUAGGUUUCUGUUGAAGAUGUUCAAAGUUAGUUCUAGAAAUGGAGAGAGAAAUGUCUUUUACGUGUUUUCCUCUUGCAUGAUGGUCUUUAAACAUUGAUGCCGAGAGUCCUAUGUUUAUGGGCUCAAAAACACCUGGCUGUGUGUACAACCCAUCUCAGGGGGGCCCUUGUCCUGGAGAAAGUAGAAAUAAAGUCAUUUGUGCACCA